AUGUCACGCUUUCUGUGCAGAAACACGGAGAUGAGGCUUCCUCUCGGCGCCUUUACCGUCUUCAGGAACCCCCCCUUUCAGAGCAGAGCAGUGGCCAUCUUGCAGAGGGGCCUGAGCGGUGCAGCCAUGCGUCUGGUGCAGUUUCGCCGUCAAGGCGACGGAGACGCCGUCAGGGUGGGCGUGGAGCAAAGCGGGGGGCUGAGCGUGGUGGACCUAAAGGAAUUUGACUCCUCCAUGCCCUCCACAAUAAGGGGACUGCUGGAGCUGGGAGACAAGGGCCUGGAGUGUGCACAGAGAGCGCUGGCGUCCGGUCAGUGUGCGGUGGACCGAACGAGCAUCCAGCUGCUGUCUCCCAUUCUGUCCCCUGAGAAAGUGGUGUGUGUGGGCAUGAACUACAGGGACCACUGCCUGGAGCAGAAUGCCCCCAUCCCAGAGGAGCCAAUCAUCUUCAGCAAGUUCCCGAGUGCCAUCACUGGGCCGUAUGAUGACAUUAUUCUGCCCUCAGAGAGCCAGGAGGUGGACUGGGAAGUGGAGCUGGCCUUUGUGAUUGGCAGGAAAGGCAAACACAUCCAGGUGAGCGCCGCCUCUUCUCCUCUGAAGCUAUUUAGCCGAGAACCUGCCCUCACCCCGGCUGCUCUCUUGGUCUGGCCCCUUCAGGAGGAGGAGGCUCUCUCCUACGUGGCCGGGUUCACCGUGGCCAACGACCUGAGCGCCCGCGACUGGCAGAUGAGGCGCAACGGGAAGCAGUGGCUGCUGGGAAAGACCUUCGACGGCUUCUGCCCGCUGGGCCCCGCCCUGGUGACCACGGAUGCAGUGAGCGAUCCUCACAGCCUGGGCAUCCGCUGCCUGGUCAACGGAGAGCCGGUCCAGAGCAGCAACACUGGACAGAUGAUCUUUAAGACAGCGGCGCUGGUGGCAUGGGUCUCCAAGUUUGUGACGUUAACUCCAGGAGAUGUGUUUCUGACCGGUACCCCUCCGGGGGUGGGCGUGUUCAGAAAGCCACCCGUGUUCCUGAAGAAAGGCGACGUGGUGGAGUGCCAGGUGGACCAGUUGGGCUCCAUCAUCAACAGAGUGGUGUAAACCCCGGCCCAACACGCUGUGGAGGAAUGCGAGCGGCUCUAUUACCUUGUUACUGAUCACAAUCUGCUUCUCACAAUGACCCGGAAUCAGCGGUAAAUGUGGGAAAACAUACGUUGCCUGAUGACUGUUGUAGCUGCGACUCUUCGUAGCGGUGAGGAGGGAAAUCGUGGUAUUUUUACUCCACGAAACUCUGCAAUUAAGUGACUCAGCCACUGAGUCACUGAUCACUGGCUGUAAAAGUGUCCAUCAGCAGCCACCCACUACGUGCUACACAGCAGAAAACUGUGAACCCCCUGACUUUUUUAAAUAAAAAGUUAUUCUGCUCGUGUUUAACUUUGAGGGAUUUUGCAUGAAUUCUUUAUAAUCAACAGGACUCCCAUGAAAAGAAAAGCAGAUUACCUCGUUAUAGAAUUUCAUUAAAAUACGCCAGGAUCAGAGUUUGCCCUUCAAAUUGCCUCGGAGAAAAUUCCCAAUAAUGACUCUGUUUCUGUUCACUUCAUUUUUGUUUGGCUAAAGUCACAGAAGGCCCUUUAUUUCGUGGACAUUCCCUGAAUUCGUGCGUCCUUUGACUCCUCGUCUGUGUUGUGUCGAGGAGAAUCUGGUAAUUGAGUUUGACUGCUGAGUGGAUAGUAAUUUGUGAAAUGUUUAGAUUCAAAGUUAGGCACUUCAGUGGAUGAAUUAGGCAUAUUAUUCUGUCUGAGGAGAAGGGGCUGUUUUUUUUCCAGGCUGUGAAGGCAACUGCUGUGCUGCUUAUGAAUAUAUAUAAAUAUGUUUACAAUUAUA